GAACGGAGACACUUUAGCGCGCUGAGUUUGAAACUGGCCUCAGUCGGCGUCCCCGGAGCUGAGGCGGAGUAGACGCUCCCGCUGUCGCUGCAGCCUCUGCCGCUGCUGCCCUUUGGCCUCGGCCUCCUCAGAGUCUCCAGCAUAUUGAAUAGCUAUGGAGGACUACACGAAAAUUGAGAAAAUUGGGGAAGGUACCUAUGGUGUUGUAUAUAAGGGUCGACAUAAAACUACAGGUCAGGUGGUAGCCAUGAAGAAAAUCAGAUUAGAGAGUGAGGAGGAGGGCGUUCCAAGUACUGCAAUUCGAGAAAUUUCUCUGUUGAAAGAACUUCGUCAUCCUAACAUUGUCAGCCUUCAAGAUGUACUUAUGCAAGAUGCUAGACUCUACCUCAUUUUUGAAUUUCUCUCUAUGGACCUCAAGAAAUACUUGGAUUCUAUCCCUCCUGGCCAGUAUAUGGAUUCUUCACUUGUUAAAAGUUAUUUGUACCAAAUCUUACAAGGCAUUGUCUUUUGUCACUCACGAAGAGUUCUUCACAGAGAUUUGAAACCUCAGAAUCUGUUAAUAGAUGAUAAAGGUGUGAUUAAGCUAGCUGACUUUGGACUUGCACGGGCCUUUGGAAUACCUAUAAGGGUCUAUACACAUGAGGUGGUCACACUGUGGUACCGGUCUCCAGAGGUGCUGCUGGGGUCUGCCAGAUAUUCUACUCCAGUAGACAUUUGGAGUAUAGGCACAAUAUUUGCUGAAUUAGCAACUAAGAAGCCACUUUUCCACGGGGAUUCCGAAAUCGACCAGCUCUUCCGAAUCUUCAGAGCUUUGGGGACUCCUAAUAACGAAGUGUGGCCAGAAGUGGAGUCACUGCAGGAUUAUAAGAAUACAUUCCCCAAGUGGAAACCAGGAAGUUUGACGUCACAUGUCAAGAAUCUCGAUGAGAACGGCAUAGAUUUGCUCUCUAAAAUGUUGGUCUAUGAUCCUGCCAAACGAAUUUCUGGCAAAAUGGCAUUGAACCAUCCAUAUUUUAAUGACCUGGACAGUCAGAUUAAGAAGCUCUAGUUGUCCAGCCAAGUGAUUCCUGGGGUUUUGUAUCAAGAAUGGAUAGUCCUCUUGUAAUGUUAAGCUCUGUCAACAUUUGUCUUUAUAUGUGUGUUUCCUAUCUUUGUUGUAAAAUUGAAGCUGUCCUCUCUUUUUCCAAGGUGUUGCAUAAAACUGUAAAUAUCGUUAUAAUGAAUAAUGCUCUAUGUAGAUCUCAUCAGUACAGCUGUUUUGUUUUCUAUAAAUAAAAGUGUAAAUCCAGCAUUGAUGUGCAGGGCUUGGGGAAAGUUGGAGCUAAUUUUAAAACAAUAUUCUCCUAGAGUUUUUGCAUGUUUGAGAUGUUAUUUAGGAGCAUAAAUCAGACUCAAGUUUUAUUAUGUUAUAAAAUAUCUUAAGACCCUUCCCUGGGUAUUUGUAUGUUUAAAUUGAAUUCCAAUUGCCUGCAACAAUGUGAAAUUUAAAUUUGUCUCAUCAUCAAAACCAACCACAGUGAAGGGGAAAUAAGGGUAUAGGACUUCAAAUAAUUUACCCAAUUAAAAGCCUAAAAUCAUUAA